AGAAAUUGUAGGAAGAAACCCCCCAGGUUGAUGUUUGAGCCGCUGGUAGCUCAACACCGGAUAGGAAACAGAGUCCCCACUUCUCAAGGACUCAAUCUCGCCAUCAGAGGAUGGUGUGCCGCACCAGCCACGAAUCCCGCGAUUGCUAAAAUACAACCAAGUCUGCAGCCUGAACUCUCCGCUGCAGAACAGGCAUGAAAGCCCCUGAGCCAAGGGCGUGCUGUUCACGAGGGCUGGGGCGAAUCGGGUUGCUGUGCAAACGCUAGAAAUUUAUAUUGAAAUUCCAGUACCGGAUUCAAAUUGUGCCGGUCCGCACCUGUAAUGUGCGGUGCUUAGACCCUAAAAUAUAGGCAUGCAAUAGUGCCCAGCCAGCUGAGUCAUAGGCACAAUAGGUGUCAAUAGAGCCCGGAACCACCCCUAAACCGCACAAGGAGUGGUAAUCUGUUUACCACUUAAAUUACUAGCGUGUGCAAAUACUUAAUUUUCCACUCCUCCGUUAUAGAUAUAUAUAUACGAACCCCCCCAUUUGUUCUUGGUGUUUUCUGCUAUAUUGUCUGUCUUCCCACUCAAGGUCAAUUUAUUUCCCAUCCAUAUUCUACGCAUUUCGUCUUACGUUCCGCCUACAAACCACAACUCAAUACCUUCUAAAUAACCAUGCAAUUCAAAUUCUUCUCCAUCCUGGCCCUGGCUGCCACCUGCGUCGUUGCGGACGAGGCCGUUGAGAAGCGUAAUCUUGAGGAUCAGAUCAACUCCAUCGCCACCAGGCUCCAGGGCGAGUUCGGCAGCAUGAUAACCGCCGUCGGCAGCAUCCCGCCCCAAGUCGCUUCAGCCCUCGGAACCGCCAUCCCCAGGCCCACCGACGGCAACAUCCAGGGCUACUUCAGCUCCCUCGUCAGUGACGUCAACGACGGCAGCCCGCCAGCCUGGUUCACCGGCCUGCCAGACAGCGCCAGGAACUUCCUCAGUUCCAAGGCCGCUGAGUUGGCUACUACCCGCCCCCCAACUCCCACCACCCCCCCCACUCCCACUGCCGACGAGUCUGGGAACCACGCACCAGCUGCCAGGCCAACCGGUGCCAUGAUGGGCAGCCUGGUUGGCGCUGCGGGUGUGCUGGGUCUUGCAGUUAUGUUGUAAGCGGGUUGUUGUUGCUGAGAUGAGACGAGACGAUAUGGCGGUUCGGGAAUGAUUGGGGAGUCGCAGCUGGCUCUCUUUUUUCUUUCUUGCUCUAAUUAAUCUUCUGUGAUAUCCCUUGAACUCUUUGUUCUACUUUUGUCUUAAAAAAUGGGCUUGAAUUUUUUUUUUUUUUUUCCUUUUUUUUUAUUUUAUACCGUACCUCUCCAGCAGAGGGGCGGGGAGGAAGAGAGGGCUGAAGAUGGUAUUUGAUGUCCCAGGCGAUUUUUAUACCACUGGGGUAUCUGGUUGACAGUCCUCCGUUUUUCGUCACGUUUGCUAUGUCCUAAUAUUUUAUUUGCGGGAGAUGAAGGGCUAGAUCAUGGGCAAACGUGACCGCGAUGCUUUUUUAAAUAAGAAAAUAAAGGAAUAGAAAAAAACAAUAAGAAAAUACUCCCGUGCUUCUCUGAGGUCUUUCCAGUACCUCACCCACCCCUUUUUCGUAUCUUCCCGACUCCCCUUUCACUCAUUUUGGCUUCAUAUUCCUCCCACCCCUUCCCCCUCCUUUCUAUGGGCUGGGUCGAUACUAGCGAAUGCCCCUUUCCGAAUAUUCAGGGUUAAAAAAGCGGAUGGUUCUGAUGUGAUAUGCACAGCGAAAGGAGGCUAGGCUGGGUGGGGGGAACGAACAUUCUGAAACGCAAGGUUUGAUCACGAAGGUGUAUUGUAUGAUCUUCGACUUGGCGAUAAGGAUUUCUCUCUUCCAGUGAACAUUCUUGCCUGGUCCUGGACGUUGUCAUUUGUAUUUGCCGAAACUGAGCGCACUUGGGGUAGCCAUCGAUGGGACAACAGCUAUCCCUUGGAUUUUUAUUUAUACUCAGGUUUGUGACGGUAUGAUUUGCACUGGAGGAUUGGGAGUGCGAAGAGUAGGGGGGAGAGAAUCAAUAAUACACUAUUUGUGUACUCCGUAGUGGCAUUCGAGUGCGCGUUUGGCUCGUACCGGCCUCCCGUAGCCUAGCGUUCUUCCAUAAAUUCUUCCGAUUUUUUUUUUCACAACCGAAGCAUUUCUUCUCUCCGCACAACAAAUAGUUACCAACAGCUGCACAUCAGAAAAGCUCCAAUGAAAACUUUCUUCCAGAGCUAGAGGACUAUGGAUUGGGAAUAAUGCUCUUUACAAUGCCAUGGACUUUCCAAGGUUAUCUUUGCCAUGUUUUCCAUUUUAGCUAGGAAAUCUGUUCCAGUAUCUCUCGUCAUCUCAAUGUUGAUAGAUAUCUUGACUUUGGUGUGAUCAUUGAAAAUAAACCAAUUUGUAAAAGGGACUAUCAGUAAUGUAGACUAUUUCAUGAUUGGACGGCUUAAUACUUAGGACUUCUCCCUCCGGCAUUUGAUUUUGAACGGCAUAGCAGAGGCCCAUAUAUAUACACAUUAGAUAGCCACCAAUUUUAUAUCAUAAUCAACAAAUGUUAAUAUAUCCAUCUCCAAAUUUCCCUCUAAACCACACUUCCCUUAGUACCGUACCGUACCGUAACCAGUCAACCCAUGUCCACCCUCUUUCCCUCCCUCCAACUCACUCCACCCACAACCCAUUCUUCUUAUGAUAACCCUCCAAACUCUCCCCACCAAACUUCUCAAACACACUCUUCUUCCCCUCCGGCCAGCGCACCCACUUCGGCUUCGAGUCCGCCAGUAUACACACCAUCUCCUCCGGCACGGGCAGGUCGGUAUCAAUCGCCGCGGCGAACGGGUGGAUCAGCUGCGGCCAGUGCUUGUCCCAGACCCACAGCAUGGUGCUACAGUUUGAGCAGAAGCUACGCUCGGAGGAGCAGGGCUCCUCGUGCGGGGUGCCGCGGUCUUUUACGGCGGUGUAUUUCCUGGGAGGGGCGCGGGGGUUUUGUUAGAUAAGUUUGUACAGCAGGUGUAGUAGGGUAUAUCAAUACCUCUGUGAAGUGUAGACUGGGAGGGAGACGGCAUAGGUAAAACACCUACCUAAUCAACUCCUUCCCCUGAAGCACAUUGAGCGAGUCGGCAAUGCCGCCCAGGUUCACGCUGCCACUGUACCCACCCACCUUACGGCAAAUGCUGCAGGCGCAUAGCUGAUAUGGGACUGGCGUCUGCGAGUUGAGGGUAAAUUGUACGCCGCCGCAUUGGCAGCUUCCGUCGAGUUUCCUAUUUUUUUUUCAUUUGGCCGAGGAAUUCAUUAGAUAACUCGAUCUCUUUGUAGUGUACGCCAGGUUGAAUUAUAACAAUGAACAUAUGCAUAGCUACUAUUAAAAGAAACAAAUUAUGGUACACACAUCGGCAUAUUCGAUCAACAACUGCUAUGGAACCCUAAAAU